CCUCAACUGUGAUAUACUAACAUCAUGCUGUUGUGGAUAUAUAUCGUUUUACUGGAACUACCUUUCCUUUAUGCAUCGACAAUUUUGCCAGAAAAAGAUGACACCAAUCAUAUUCUGACAGUUGCAGAGCAAUUUGAAAGUUUGCAGCAGGAAUUACGGACAAUGAAACAGAAGCUAGAUACAACUAUUAAAGAUAACAUUUUACUUAAAGAGAGAGUUGAUGUUCUUUCAAAAGAUAAUUCAGAGAUAAUGCAGGUCGUUUUAGAGACAAACGCUCAUUUAACGGAAAGGUUUGACGCAGUAUCUGAAGAAACCCAAACUAUAAAGAACAUUCUUAACACCUUGUUGGAAGAGAGAGAUUGCGAUGUUCACAUACCGAACAACAACGAACAAAACGAAAAUGAAAUGGGGCGGUCUACUUCUGUAAGUGAUCAGAUUUUGUUACGUGACGACGAGAAAAACAUUCAUAUAAAGACCCACGGUGACAAAAAGUUGUCGACCAAAUUCAAGAAUGAGAAAAGACUACUUCAGAACAGUUUCACAACAGAGUUACCUGCAAUAUCUAGGGUUGCUUUCUCUGCACAAUUAACCGGAGGAAAUGUCCAACUUGGUCAGCAUCAAACUGUUGGAUACAAUACAGUACUCACAAAUAUUGGAAGCGCUUAUGAUUCUAGACAUAACCAUUUUAUCGUUCCAGCAAAGGGUGUCUAUUUGUUAUCGUUCACUGGAUUGAACGUAUCAGGCGACAGUAUUUACCUAGAAAUGGUAAAAAAUGGAAACCAGAUCGCACUUGUAUAUUGCAGUCCUACAACAAAUAAUAUGGGCAGCCAGAUGAUAGUAGAAGUCCUAGAGAAAGGUGAUGUAGUGUGGGUUAGGCAUCAUGCAUCCGGCGGACCUGCUCAGGUUGAUGGAAUCAAUGCAUAUAACACCUUCUCAGGGGUACUAUUGUUUGCAAUUUAA